AUGGUCAGACCACGUCGUCCCGAAAGACCAACUCAGACACCUUUGUUACCGCCUUUGAAAUUAUACCGUUCAAUAUUACGAGCACACGCGCAUAAACUACCACCAGAACUACGUCAGUUUGGCGACCAAUAUGUGAAAAAGGAGUUCAAGGACCACAAGAAUGUUGAUAACCCGUUGCAUAUCGUUGGUUUUUUAACCGAAUGGCAGGACUAUUUGAAACAAUUGGACGGUGGGAAAUGGCUAGAUGGUAAAUUGAGUAAACAAGAUUUGGAGAAGAUGUCACCUGAACAAAUUGGGCAAUUGUAUGAAUUAAUGGAAGCUACAAAGAAAAUAGGCCAACAGGAAGCUGCUGCUUGA